AUGACCUCAAGUCAUGGCUCACCAAGUAAGUGCGAAGAUAACAAACAGCAGGAGUCACGUCUGAACAUAGACGUCCCGAUGACAUCUCAACUCAAUUCGAACGCGACGGAAAGCCCCAGGUCUCUUAAAAGAAGUGCGUUCGCUGAGCUCAUGGCACCUAAACCGAAGCAGUCCAAGACAGCGUCUCAGAUAGAAAACAACAAGUCAACACCAUCAAACGGUCCACUUAUGUCGUUGCCUCCCAAUCUACACGCUUACCAAAAUGGUCUACUACCCUACGUACACCAACCUGAGUCCUGUACGCCAGGCACAAUAGUUCGUACCACAGAGAACACUGUACUGAUUAGGGAUGCUUUUCCCAAAGGAUUGGUCCAUCUUCUACUUAUACCUCGAGAUCCUGAGUGGUAUGUCCUCACUCCAUUCGAAGCAUUUAGUCCGGCCAGUACCGAACGACAGAAGCUUGAUAAGCACAUGGCAUUCCUGCAGCUCAUCCGUGAAGAAGCAGGCUCUGCUGCCAAUCUCGCAGCUAGCGAGCUCUCACGACUGGUCUCCCCAUAUUCAACAUCUUGUAAGGCCCGCCAUGACGCCCUCGAGGGUGAUGACCCGCCCGCGACGUUGCCCGAGGGUCGCGACUUUAGAUCUGAAAUAAAGAUCGGCGUACAUGCUCAGCCAAGCAUGGCGACGUUACACAUCCACAUCAUGAGUGGAGAGAACCACUCCGACAAAUUGAAGAAUAAGAAGCACUACAAUAGCUUCAACACGAACUUCUUCAUACCGCUUGACGACUUCCCUCUCAUGGAGGACGAUAACCUGAUGGACAAGGUCGAGCAAGAUAGCUUGGUCAAGGGCGACAUGAAAUGUUGGAGAUGUGGAAAGAAUUUCGGCAAUAAGUUCAAGCAACUCAAGGAGCACUUAGAGGACGAGUACAAUGCGUGGAGGAGCAUCUGA